AUGUACCCGCCUCCGCCGCACUCUUCGGCCGGCCGGGGUCCGGGGCCUGUCGACCCCAGCGGCGGCUCCCAGGGGUUUCUCCGACCCUCCCCGUCCGCGCUGCCGCACCGCCCGACUUCCUCCUCCUCGUCUUCGUUUCCUGCGGGCGACGGCCCGCCGCAGGCGCCGCGCGGCUCGCCUCCUCCAUCUUUUUCCUGCUUUUCUUCGCGGGCACAUUUCGUCUCCUCCUAUGCUUCCGCGGGCUCCUCUAGCGCGUCCCCGGGGCGCCCGCCGAUGCCCUUUGGGGGCCCUCACCCCGGGGGCCCGGAGCUCCACGUCUCUGCUGGGGCGGCCUCUGCGUCCUUCGCGUCUGUCCAAGGCGCACUCACGUCGUUCAGCGCGCCGUCUGCUUCUCACAUGUCUCACCUCAGCCCAUCCUCUGGGUAUUCGCAUGGGCCAACGGGCCUCGGGCGGGGCCUGGGGGACGACCGGCGCCAGGCCGGCGCGGCUUUCGGGGUGCAGACCCGCGCCUUCCACGGCGGCGGGCUCAUGAAGAAAGACGAGGCUGUCUCCUUCGGGUUCGCGGCGAAGCCCAGGGGCAGUGAGGGGUACUUGGAGUCCCACGAGGUGGGGGAGCGGGCCUUCGGGCCCGAGGCCAGUGACCUCGCCUCGUCGUCUCAUCCCUCGGGCUUCGGGGCGUACGGGGCCGCUCGCAGCCACACCCCACACGCGCCGCCGUAUCCACCCAGCGCGGCGCCGCAGUUUUCUUUCCCCUCGAGCUCCGGGGCGCCAGAGGACGCGCGCCAGGCGAUGCUUUCGUCGCAGCAUAUCCACGCACGCAGUUGGGGUGCCGACGAGGACGCCGCCAGACGCGAGGCGAGCGCCCACGCAGCCGCGUCGCGUGCGCAGCGGCUGCCUAACGAUGGAUUCGCCGUCCCGAGGCACCUGGGCACUCAGGCAGACCACGCCUCGGGGACACGCGCGACUGGCGACGAGGGGCCCGCGCCGCCUGGUCCAGACGCCCCACUGGCGCCGUUCCUCCAGGCGCCGCCCCACGGGCUGGGGACCGAGCGGCCGCUGGGCGCGGCGGCAGAGGCCGCGGCGGCAGAGGCCGCGGCUGCGUCCCUGCUGACCCGGGGGCCUGCGGAGGCGGGCCUAGGCGGCGAGAAAGAGGAGAAGAGAGAGCGCGAGAGAGAAGGACCGUUCUACGACGCUUCCCGCGACCCGCGCGUCCUGUGUAGGACCCAGGGGAGGCGGCGGCCGCGCGAGGAAGACAGCCAGGCGGCGGGCUCGCUCUUCGAUGCCUCCUUUUCGUCCCUUUCGUUCGCGUCCUCGGCGGUCGGCGACGCGUUCAGUCCGCACGUGAGGGAAGGGACGGAGGAGAAGGGGCGCGCGACAUCAGAGACACACGGUCAGGGCGAGGGCGGCGUCACUACGAAGAGACAAAGCGCGGGGCCCAGGAAAACCUGGAGGCCCGCAGAACUCGUCGCCAUUCACGUGGAGCCUACCGAGCGGUCGGACGUCGGGCUGCUCUCGCCGUGUCUCCCCGACAUCGAUAGUCUUUGCGACCCCUACGCGUUGAGUAGCCCGUUUUCGCUUGGGGGGACGACGACGCCUUCCUGCUGCGGAGGCGAAGACGCACGCGCUUCGAGGACGGAGAAAGUUUCAGGAAGUGAAUCGCGGACGUCGCCAGGAGAAGCGAGUGGGGGGACACAAGAGGCGAAGGCGCCUCUCAAGAGAGAGAGUGAGGCUCCGCCCCAAGGGCCUCCUCCUGCGUCCGCCUCUUUGUCGUCCUGUUCGACUUCGUCCUCAUCUCGCGCCGCUGAAGCUGCAGCUUUGGCCAAGCAGCGCGCGCCGAUCGUCUCCGCCUCGUCCGGGGACCCUCUGCAGGUCGUGUGGCGGCUUCCUCUCGAGCUGCUGAAUCCGUUUCUCCUCGUCCCCCGAAUCGUUUGCGAAGAAGAAGGGUGGAUUCCGGGGACAACCACGCUCGCGUUCUACGGUUUGCCGCCGGAUUCAUCCGCCUCCACGGUUUGCGAGUUGCUUCUCGACUUGUUUUUUUCUGCGGCGGGAGUCUGCGCGGGCUCCUCGAUUCUCGCGUCUGCCGCUGUGGCCGCUGCGUCGCCGUCGUCGUUCUCCGGCGCGCUCCUGGAGGACCCUGGGGCCGACGACUUGGGCUUCUUGUCUCUCUACGACCCCCUGCUGCCGCCUCCGUCGGGCGCGCUGGGCUCUGCAGGGCUGACGCGCGCAGCGGGGCUCGCUCACCCGGGCGCACAGGACCACACCGAAGAUUUUUUCCUCUGGCAGCUGCCGUCCUCGACUGGGUCCGCCGCACGCAAGAAGAGUCUUUCGGCGCUUCUGGGGUCUGCGGCUCGCAGCGCCGCACCCACGGCGGAGGAAGAUUUGUUCGCAUGGCCAAGAAAGGCGACAGAGAAACCGCUGAACACGUAUGCAGAGGCCGUCGGCUUGGAGCGCGUGGAGCUGAUUGCCGCCCGUGCCGCGGACGGGCGAGGCGACAGGCUGCCGCUUCUUGAGGACUUUGUUUCACCUGUCCUCUCCUCGUCGCUCUCGACGUAUGGCGCGCCGCCAGCCUCCGCCCCCGCCGCCUUCCCCCGGCGCUCGGCGCUGCUCGCGCAGGCGCUGCAGCCCCCGAAAGGCGCGCGUGACGACGGCAAGGGCGGCGCCAAGCUCGCGGCGACGGCGCCGGGCUCCGCGUCCCUCGGGUCGCUCCUGGGGGGCAGGCCCGCGGCCGCGCCUCGGGGCCGUGGCGGCGCGGUCGCGGGAAGGGACAUCCUUGCCAGUUUGAAGCGCGCGGCGAGCGGACAGGACGUGGCAGCCUCGGCCUUCGAUUUUCUCCACGAAGGCUCGGGCACGGUGGCGGGCGCAGGCAGGGGCAGACGGGCGGAGACCCCAGCGAUGGCGCUCGUAAGGUUCGCAAACGAAGAGGACGCGAAGCGCUUUUGGCUGGUCUUCUCCACUGGGGCCUGCCAGGCUUACGGCUACACUGUGUUGGCGUCGCCGGAUCCUUCGGGCUUCGGAGUCUACGCGGAGGCCCUCGCGGCGACACUCUCGCUGCAGGAGCUGAGAGUGCAGGCGGAGACGCUGGGGCCCUUUCCUUUGCAGUCGAAACUCUCGCACGCGCCCAACUUGUCUGCGCUUGCUGCGGCCUCCAGAGCUGCGCACCGUCCGCUGUCUCCUGGGCAUCCGCGGCCGCCGUCGCCUGGCGCCGCGGCCGCGGGGUCUGCGCCGACGGCGUCGUCCUGUUCAGUCGCGCCGGGGCCCGCGGGCCCGGCGACACUCAUCGCGGCCGUCUGUCCCCUCGUGUCUCCUGAAUCGGUUGCGCUGGCGAAGGAAGCCGCGGCGGCGCUGCGGGCGACAUGCCAGUGGGACGGAAAGCGGCAGGUGUGUGAGUUUUUCUUUGCCAACGAAGAGACGCUUCUUCUCGCUUGCCUCGCGCAGCAUACGUUCCCUCUUCCAAGCACUCCAGGGCACACAGUCACGGCGAUGCUGCUCGCCGUCCCCGUUCAAACGGAGGUGCCCCUUUCGCCUUCGCCACCGACUGUCCCCAGCGCCCUCGAGAAGACCCGGCGCGACCAGGCCCGCACCCAAGUGGAGCUCCGCCUCCUCCCCCUGGUCGUCGCCGACCUGUGCGCCCACAAGAAAAGGGACACCCCUUCGCUUCCCUCUCCGCUGUCGCGAGCCGGCUCACAGGCUUCGCACGCUCCAGCGAGGGUACCGGGCAAGGUGGGCGCCGCACAGGGAGCUUCGGGGCCUUCUGCUGCCAAGGCGCCGUCGCUGCUGCUCGCCACGAAGGACGCCGACGCGACCCCUGGCGGAGACACUGCGGAUCGCUCUCUUCAGUCUGCAGCCGAGCGGGCAUCUGGUGCAAACAAGCCUGGAUCGUCUCUCGCUGCUGCUGCCAAGCGCGCCGCUUCGGCGGCGGGCUCCGGAGACGCAGAGAGGCCGGAGGACCGACCCAGUGGGAAGACAGGAGGAGCCGAGCCAAGGGGCGUAGGCACAAAGCAGACUGCUGCGCUCCCUUCCGCAGGCGCUCGCGGACAGAAACCUCCAGUCGUCGUCGCUCAGCGCUCAAACGUCUGCGCUGCCAAAAAGCGACCCGGGCCAGGGAGCGGCCCCGGCGCAGGUGUCUCCUCUUGCCCCACCGGGGCUGCGGGCGCGGAGAUUGGAGCCCAAGGCGCCGGCGCCGCUGGCGGUGGGAAGGGCCCGAGUGGCGGUGUGGACGGCUCGGGGCCGAAGGCAGCUCCGCAAUCGUCUGCGUCGCCCGUCCCGCCUCCAGCUUCCGCGUCUGUCUCGUCUGUCUCCUCCCGCACAUCCGGCGCGGGUGGGAGGGCCGCCGCGGCGAAGUCCGCGAUUAGUCGGGGCUGCGGAUCUUUCGCAGGAACUCCUCAGGCUCCGGAAGGAGCAGCGCAGUCGCGGAAUGCGUCGUCUUCAGCGUCUUCUCUUGUCGGGAGAGGCACCGGCUCGAAAGAGGGUGACAGUGCGUCGCGUGGGGCCGAAAAACCGCCGGGGGCAGGCGGGGCGGGGACGCGGGAGACAUCGCCGGGCGAGAGAGAGCGCGAGGACGGCGUUCGCGGACGGUCUGAGGCGUCGGGCGCUUCAUCCGGCAAGCUGCCGCGGCCGCGAGACGGAAAGCUGCUGGACGAGAGCGAUCGGUGGGGCCCAGAGGGCGCCCAGCGCGGCGGGCGACUGCUGAAGCGAGGCGGGAAAAAGCCGCGGAGACGGGGUCUGUCCUCGGAUAGCGAGAGUAGCGAAAGUAGCGAAAGCAGCGACAGCUCGAACUCCAGCGAAUCUUCGAGCUCCGACGGCAACGCAUCCUCUUCGUCUAGCGAAGAUGACACGCGGAAACCCAGAGCGCCCGCACCACGGCUCAAGGUGACGCUCGCCGCCCGCCCCGCGGCGGCCGCCGCCGGCUCGGCCGAAGGCGCAGGCGAGAAGAAGGCGGAAGGUUCGCCGCCGGUUCCGAAGCGUCGGCGCCUCAUCGCGCCACGCGACGGCAGAGAGGACGCGGCGUCCACGAAAGAGACAGAGGGAGGAGGUGAGAAGGCAAAAACGGGGGACCCUGAAGGCAAGGAUCGAGAUGAACGAGCAUGCGCUUCGCAGCAGCACGCGGCGACGGCGCUCGGCGGCGAGCAGAGAGCCCGGAGGCCUACUGGGGAAGCUGCGCCGUGGCGCUCCGCGCUCGCCUCGCCAGACGAGCCCCAGGCUGAGCCGGGAGACGCGGCGGCAGCCCCCUCCCUACUUUGGGGCGAGGACGACGAGAGUCUGAACGAGGGAGACAGAAAGAUGGAUGCGAAGGGAGGUGAAGGACACGACGACGAAGAGGACGGAGACCAGACCGGCGGGGGUGGCCGCAGGAAGCGUGGAGGCGCCGGCGGGCGAGCAAGGAAGCGAGGACGGGGGCGACGUGAGGACUCCGCCAACACCGGUCCGCCACACGCUCAACAGAAGGCGGAGGCAAAACGCAGGCCAGGUCGAGGGCGACGCUCGACGCCCUACGGCGCGCCAGCGGCGGCCGACGACGAGAGCUUGUUUCUCCCGAGUUGCGAAGACGGAUGCGUUUCGCUGACAGAGACGCCGCAUCUCCCAGAAAAUGCGCGGCUCUGCUUCUCUCCCUCGCGCCCGUCGAGCGCCGGCGCUUCGUCGUCAUCCGCCGCUGCUGCCGCGCUUGCUUCUGCGGCGCCCGCCGCGGGCACGGUCGUGGCAAGAGAGAGACAGUGGAAGGCGACGCCUCCAACCUCUCCGCACGCCACGCGGGGCCGAGCAAUGAAACGCAGACGAAGCAGAGACGGCAGCUUCCCGCCGCCGCGGCGCUCUAUCAGGCUCCUCAAGGGCGAGCAGGGCGGCGGGUCGUCGCCGUCGGCGAUUCUCCUCCCUGAGAGCCUCACAGCCUCGAUUCCCGUCGUUCUGGCGUCGCCGACGUCUGCGUCCUCGCCCACGUCUGUCGCCAGCCGGGCCCUCGGCGCCGAGGGCGGCGGGGACGGGACGACCGCGGUCGGAGUCGAGCGACCGCCGGCCCCGGCGCCCGGAGACUCUGCGGACGCAGAGGGCGCCUCAGAGUCGCUGUUCGCUCGAGGCGAAGGAGAGGAAGAGGCAGCCUCGGGGGACGCCUCUUUGCGAGGCGACCGCGGAGGCGUGGACUCGACGGAGGGCAACGCGGACAGCGCAAGCAGCCUCGGCAGACUCACGCCAAAAUGCGACGAUGACAGCGAAGGGGGGACGACGAGAGGAAAAGAGCGCGGGCGACGAGGGAGGCUCUGA